UGCGCUUCAGAGACCUCCUUUCGGGCCGCGCUACCGAUGGUGCUACCUGGGAGAGCAAUGGCCACUUUCCGCUUGGCCCUUAUCCAGCUUCAGGUUUCUUCCGUCAAAUCAGAUAACGUCACUCGAGCCUGCGGCCUCGUCCGGGAAGCAGCAACACAAGGAGCCAAGAUCGUUUCUCUGCCAGAAUGCUUUAAUUCUCCAUAUGGCACGAAAUAUUUUCCUGAAUAUGCGGAAAAAAUUCCUGGUGAAUCCACACAGAAGCUUUCUGAAGUAGCAAAGGAGUGCAGCAUUUAUCUCAUUGGAGGUUCUAUUCCUGAAAAGGAUGCUGGGAAAUUAUAUAACACCUGCACCGUGUUUGGGCCUGAUGGAACUUUACUGGUAAAAUACAGAAAGCUCCAUCUGUUUGACAUUGAUGUGCCUGGGAAAAUUACAUUUCAAGAGUCUGAAACACUGAGUCCCGGUGAUAGUUUCUCCACAUUUGAUACUCCUUACUGCAGAGUGGGCCUGGGCAUCUGCUACGACAUGCGCUUUGCAGAGCUCGCACAAGUCUACGCACAGAGAGGCUGCCAGCUGUUGGUAUAUCCCGGAGCUUUUAAUAUGACCACUGGACCAGCCCACUGGGAGUUGCUUCAACGAGGCCGGGCUGUUGAUAAUCAGUUGUACGUGGCCACAGCAUCUCCUGCCCGGGAUGAUCAGGCCUCGUAUGUUGCCUGGGGACACAGCACUAUUGUGAGUCCUUGGGGGGACGUCCUUGCCAAAGCCGGCACCGAAGAGACCAUCGUGUGUUCAGACAUAGACCUGAAGAAGUUGGCUGAAAUACGCCAGCAAAUCCCCAUUUUCAGCCAGAAACGAUCAGACCUCUAUGCAGUGGAGGCAAAAAAGCCCUAAGGUUUAUGUUUUUAACAUGUCACGGAACAGGAGGAUAUGUUUCUGCAAUGUAAUCCUCUCCCUGAUGAAUUCUUCAGAGUUUUUUUUGUUUGUUUGUUUGUUUUUUAAAUUCAGCUUUUUCCCUUCCUGGAAACUCUCUAAUGAGAUGGUGGAGCAUCAGCACAGGGUACUUUUCACACCAUAUUAAAUAGUUAAAAAGGACUCGGGCUCUGGCAUUGAGAGGAGGAGGAAGAGAGGAUUACUGGACACCUUCUAGACUAGGUUGCCUCCUAGUAGUUGGUAACAGUACCAGACCUUGGUAUCCAGGUUGUCUCAUGUGGUACAAAUAUGUUUGUGUCACACACGCCUCUUACCUCAUUGCUGGGGUUGGGAGUCUGUUAUGGAGAAACCUUGGUCUAGUGCUAGUGCUCUUCCGAGGAGGAUGUUCAAGUUAUGUUUUUAGCCUGUGCGCAGCCCUGGGGAGCAAGGCAGUGGACCCUUGGUGUUUGCUGGAGGAGAUGGCAGUCCCAGUCCUUCCUAGCUGCCUGGGGGUUCUUUCUUCAAAUUCAAGAAGGAGCUAAUGAAUCAAGCCCAGACCCUCCUGGUCUUAGGGGAAGGGUUGUGUCAACUGUGAGUCUUACGGGAGAAUGGCAGUGGUGGCAUUUGGUCAAGGCAGCUAAAGAUGAGCCUCUGCAAAAGACUUUCUUGACGAGGUGAGUGCCUGAAAAUCUCUUUGUUUUUCUCCCUAGUAACACUUUCUAGCUUGAGAAAGGCAAAUGUUUAGCUGGAGGUUUUUCAGCAUCCUUUUCCACAAUUAAAAGUUAAGAAUUCCAGUGCACUUUAUUUUUAUGUUAUAUGUUGGGCUGGUAAACGUUUAACAACCAGCUGUCCCCCCAAAAGCCCUGAUUUUGCAGUAGCAUUUGCCAGUUUCCAUGGUGUUAAUACUUUUGCCCUGUGGCCAAGGUUCAGACUAACAGUACAACACCUCUAAACAGAGCUGGAAAUAAAAGCACAGUUGGCACUUGUGA